UACUUUAAUCAAGCAAGUCCUGAGAAUUGUGACUCGAGUCAAACUUUAUUUUAGCUGGUAGCAACAAGAAGCACAACCACAUCUAGAAGAGCGGAAAAACAACCUGCCAAUGGACUUGUCUCAGGAUGUACCUCAACCUGAUGUUGUGAGUGUUUGCAAAUGGAAUGUCAAACAAAUGAGACCAGCCUAUUUCUUGUUUUGAACAAAUGAGGGCAUCAUGUGGGUUGUUAUAUUGACUCCUUUAUCUUGGUGGUACCUAGAAAGGUAUAUGAUGGUGUUAGUAGUCUAAGAGCCCAAUAUUAUUUGAGGUGGUACUCUGUGUAAAAAGUUUGAGAACUACUGGCUAUCUCACUUGCUCUGUCGCUCAUACACUUAAAUGAAUAAACGUGUGAACAUUGAAACUUAACCCAGGGGUAGGCAACCUUUACAAUCAAAAGAGCCAAUUUUGUCCAGAGCCACAAAACAUAUUUUUGCUUUAUAAGUGGACAAGCCUUUACAAUUUUCUUGUAUGCUGUUGUGUUUUCUAUUGGAGGACCUUAACUUGUAUUUAGCCUAUAAUUUAUAUAUUUGUAUAUUUUGGCAAAACAACAGGGAGCCACUGGAGAGUUUGAGCCGCAAGCGGCAGGCCACUGACCACUUGUAUUCAUUGCCUGCUUGCCCUAAGGCAAUAAAGGCCAAACUUGAAAAAGCCUCAGCAAGAGUGAGGAAACUGCAGCGGGAGAAGAGUAAUUCCUUGAGGAGAGAAAAGAGGGCCAAGAUGAACAUGCAGGCUCUUCUGGAGGAACUGAAGGAGAAAAAUCUCAUCAACGAAGAGCUGAAAGACAACCUUGAAUGCUACUUGGAUCUUCUGGUUCAUCUCCUGUCGAGGCAGGGCAUAGAGUACACCAAGGCCCAGAGAGAUUUUGCCCUUACGCUCCAUCUGCAUGGUCCAAAGGCAUAUCAAUACCUGAGAGAGACCCUGCAUAUUCACCUGCCACAUCCCAGUUCAUUGCAAAGGUGGCUGAGCUCUCUUGAUGCCAGACCUGGUCUCAAUAAAAUGAUGUUGGACAUGCUGGAAAGACGGCGUCAGGAAGAUGAGGUCAAGUACGGAUGUGUCACUCUGAUGCUGGAUGCAAUGUCCAUCAAAAAUCACGUCCAGUAUGAUCCUCAGACACAAACAAUGUUUGGAUAUGUGGACAUGGGGGAUCGAUUGAAUGAGACUGACGUGGCUUCUGAUGUUCAUGUGUUUAUGGUGGUUGGGCUUCAAGGUUAUUGGAAGGCUCCAAUUGUGUAUUAUUUGACCAGGUCCCUCACACCACAAUCACAGACAGCCUUAGUAGAGCAUGCAUUAGAAGAGCUUCAUCGUCGUCAGAUAAGAGUGGUGUGCAUGACAAUGGAUGGUCAUGCAUCAAAUGUCAGUAUGUGCACUCAACUUGGGUGCAAUCUAAAAGCAGACCCCUGUGAGCCCUUGAAGACCCAUUUCCCACAUCCAGUAACCCGUGAAGAUGUUUUUGUUAUGAUGGACGCUUGCCACAUGCUGAAACUGACACGCAAUAUGUUGCAGGCAUACAGCCCAAUUAGAAGCAUAACGGGCAGUAUCAAUUGGAAGUACAUAGUUCAUCUGAACAAUGUCCAAAAGAAAAGUGGACUACAUGCAGCCAACAGAGUCACAGAUAAGCAUGUGAACUUUGCUAAUCAGAAGAUGAAGGUCUCCCUGGCCGAUCAGACUUUGAGUAGCUCUGUGGCAGUGGCGCUCCGCACGUUGCAGGAGUUGGGCUAUGCAGAGUUCAAGGAUUGUGAGGCUACUUCGGAAUUCAUUAAGAUAACAGACAUCUUGAACAGUCGCAAUCCCAGAGCCAAAGGGUUCAAAACCCCCCUUGGUUUUAGGAAUUGGACAAGCACCAGGGAGUUCUUGUCAAAAGCCAGGGGAUACUUGCUCACUUUGAAGAUGGAAGAUGGCAAACCCCUUUACCGAACAAAGAGGUUCCUCUCUGUCCUGGGCUUCAUCAUAAACAUUGACACGUUGAUGUCGAUGGUUCCUGUGCUGCUUGAAAGACAGUGAUAUGUCCUGACUUACAGGUUCAGCCAGGACCACUUGGAGCUUCUCUUCAACUCCAUCAGAGCAUCUGGUGGCUGGAAUAACAACCCUAAUGCCAGCCAGUUCAAGUACAUCUUUAGGCAGCUGAUGGCCCGGUGUGGGGUUAUUAAACCAUGCAGAGGCAAUGUGACGGCACAGGGUGACACAGAGUCCCUACCAGCUGUCAUCGACACCUCUACA